ACGAUCCUCCCCAAAGCCUAACAACAUCUACUAUCCCGCAGAGCCUCUGUCCCUUACAGAACACCACUUGACUAGUACAAAAAGGGGACUCCCCUCCUAGAUUCGCAAUGGCUUCAGAAAAACGCGAGAAACCCGAGGGAAAGCUUGAAGCUCAAAUCAAGUCCGCUGAUAUGAAUGAGGACAUGCAGCAGGAGGCAAUCGAAGUUGCUAAGGAGGCAAUGGAGAAAUUUCACAUCGAAAAGGACAUUGCCCAAUAUAUCAAGAAAGAAUUUGACUCUCGGAAGGGCGCAACAUGGCACUGCAUCGUUGGGCGGAACUUUGGAAGCUUUGUGACACAUGAAACCAAGCAUUUCAUUUACUUCUACUUGGGGCACUGUGCCAUUUUGUUAUUUAAGACCCAAUAAAUACUCCGCUGGACCCUUUAUGUUGCUGUCGCCGGCUGUCGUGCUCUUCACCAUUUAUUGUGCGACAAGUGUCAGCCGAGAAAAGUGAAAUGCAAGAUAGCAUGAGAUACAGUUGUGACUUUUCCUACUUUGCCCUUUCGCCAAUUUUUAUCACAAUCGGGGUUUGAUUCGAAGUUCUUUCUGAUUUGUACAGCGACUGAAGAUCCUUGCUCGCCUUUCCCAGGUCCAUUUCCCUUACGGGUGGUGUUGAAAGGGUCGGAUUUCUGCACUUAAUUUCCCUGUCCAUCUCCAUUUAUCCUUUGAAUUUUUCGCGAGGACAAUUGCAAAAAGAUAAUACUACUUCAACGUGCAUGUUUCCACCAUCUAUAACUUGCAUC